GGGAGUGGAGGGCGGGCCGUUGGCACCCCUAGCAACGCCGCGCGCGCCCCUAGCAACGCCGUCUGGCCGUCAUGGAGCCAGCCGGCCGGGACUCGCACGCCGACUGCGGCGAGUGGGCCGGCCCGGGGCUUCUCGGGGAGCGGCCGUGCGGAGCCCCUCGGCAGCCGGACCCGGCCUGGGCGCGCUCCCCCCGGCGGCGCCUGGCCGCGCAGUUGCGGGAGGCCGGCCGCGCGGAGCCGCGGGAUGUGGCGGCGCUGCUGGCCGAACUGCUGGCCGUCUUCCGGGCCGUGCUGGCGGGCGGCGGGCGGCGCGCCUGGCUGCGGCUGCUGGAGGCGCUGCGGCUGAGCGCGCCCUUCCUGAGGCUGCUCUCCGGGCGCGCGCCGCUGGCCCCCUACCUGCGCGCCCUCCACUACCAGGCCCGCGGGAGCCGCGCGCUGCUCGCCGACCUGGACGUCUGCGGGGCGCUGCGGCGGGCCUUCCCCCGCGACUGCGCGGCGCUGCGGGUCGCCCCCGAGGCGGCCUGGCCCCGCAGCCUGGCGGCCGAGGCCCGGCGGCUGCCCUCCCGCCCGGAGCCGGCCUUCGCGGGCCUGCCCUGCCCCUUCCGCGCCGCCCUGCCCGCGCCCGCCGACGAGCCGCGCCCGCGGCCCGUCUCCCUCCAGGAGCUGCAGCGCUGCGUCGGGCCGGUGGGCGCCGAGCUGGCCCGGAGGGAAGCCCCCGGGGCCGCCGGCUUGGGCACCCUGGCCCUGGCAGCCGCUCUGCCCGUGGACUACGCCUGCGCCGAGCCCGGCAGCGCCGCCCGGUCCGCCGGGGGGAGCCCUGGCCCGCCCCCCCCCGAGGCGGCGGCGGCCACGGCGGACAGGGAGUCCCCGAUGACCGGGCUACAGGCAGCCCAAGUCCUCGCCAGGAGGCCCCGCUCGGGGGAGAUUCGGUUCCUGUACCUGAACAUCGCCCCGAAUCGGCAUUUCAGGCCUUAUGAUUUAGUGGCUGUUCCCAAGCAUCUGAUCAACCCCCAGCACUAUGUUUUCUCACCCUUUGGGGUGCUGCGGGUGCAUCCUGAGGAGGGCUCUGAGGCCCUUUCCUUGGGCAACUGGCAUCGGGAGGCCGUGCUGUGGCAGCUGAUGCAGUAUAUUCCCUUCUUCCGGCUUUUCUUGGUCUGCAAAGCCUUCACUCGGUGGUACUUUAACGUUAAACGUUUGCACUACUUGAAGCGCCGAGAGAAGCUGAAUCUACAGUUGCUUCAAGCGGUGCCUCAUUUUGGAGCAGCUCUUCUUCACAUAUCCAGGCUCUUACAGGAGCUGCAAGCUGUUCAUUGGCUGCCCAUAGGCAGCUGCAAAUGCUUCAACUUCCUGGAGCUGAAGCGGGUCCUGGCCCAAGAGAACAGCAAUGCAGAAGGACUCCUGCGCAGGUUCCUCUCCCUCUGCUCCUCCAUCCUGGAGCUGGUGAGGGAGGACACCUACAAGAUGGUCCAUGGACUGCAAACAGAGGUGCAAGAGUACAAGUUGUACAUCACGAAAGAGUCCCUGUACCAGCAGCGGAUGCAGUACGAGAGGCUGCAGCGCCGCUUGCAAGAGUCUGAGUCCUGGCUGCAGAGGCUGGGGGCCCUGGCCCUGCUGGUGAACUUCCUCAUUUGCCAGACCCUCGUCUCGGUGAUGCAAGAAGAAGUCACCGGCUUUGUCAAUUGUACCAUGCAGGCGGAUGGCUCUGUCCGGAAAGCAGUCCUCCGGGUGCAGCUGGUGUUCAGUGCGGACAAUAAGCUGGUGCUAUUUCCAUCCAGCAGGGAGCUGGAAGACUGCCUCCUGGGGGCUUUGCAUACCGUGGUGGAGUCAGUCCUGGAGACAACUCGGGUGAAAAGUGAGAAGGCAGAAGCUCAAGCAAGCCCCAGAACUGGGGCAUCUGAAGUAGCACAACCUCCAUCUCAACCAGGUGGUGAGCCAAACAGCCUGUGGGCAGCGCUGUCUGGAUCAAUGGGCCUCUUUUCUGAGUGCUGUGCUUCUGUUCAAUCCUUCGCCUUCCAUACUUUCAAGCGAUUCUUUUUAGCUGCCUUGUACAAAUGUGGAUUUUUAAUAAAUAAUCUAGUAAUUUGGUCCUUUCUUUUUCUCCUUAAAGCUGCAAAUGUGGCUGGCACAGCCGGUGGUGGUGAUCAGACCUCCAAGUUGCAUGAGCAGCUCCAGCAGUUGUCUGUGACGGUGCUGUGCAGUGACAACGCUCAGCUGGUGCAUCGGUUGGAACUGAAGGCGUUUAGUGCGCUGUGGGUGAUUGGCCACCGGCUGCGGGGCGAAUAUCCCUUGCUGUCUCGUGAGCAGCUGGAGAAAGACCUACAGUCAGACAGCAUCAUCCAAAAGGCUGUGGCUAAACAGCAUGAACUCUUCACGGCUGCACUGACAGAGACGCAGCUGAUCUGCCAAGAGUAUGCUUGGCUGAGCCAGAUCUACCAGUAUGUGCACAGCUGGAGUGCCUCUCAGCUGGAGAACAUGAAGGGCUGGCCAGCGGAAGAAUAUGUCAACCAGAUCGUCAAGUUGCGCACGUGGGUGGUCCAGGUGCAGAAGGUCCCCCACGUUGUCAUCACGUACAAUCGCCUCUUCUUUGUGGACUGCAGUGGUAUUCAUCAGAAUAUUUUGCCCCUGCUGGCCUCCAUUGAUGAGGACAUCCUGACCCUCCUGCUGAGCGAGACCACCAGCCGCAGCGAGCUGUUCAUUGCGGAGCUGGCCGCUGUCCUGCAGCUGUAUGUGAACGUUGGCACCGACAUCUUCACUGUUGCCAAGUGCUCGCAGAAGCUGGAGAAGUACCAAGGCCAGAUGACCGAGCUGCAGGAAUACGUGGACUAUGUGCGCACCCUCAAUGAGGUCAUACAGAAGUGCUAUCGCCCUCUCAGCCCUAGUGAAGAAAGCCUGGAAAACAUGCUCUUGGAUACCUGGGAUGCUUUCAUGUACCAGCAGCGGGAGGUCUCCGACUUCAUCGUCUCACGGCGCCUCAGCAUCAUUGCUGAGCUCAGCAGCUCACUUCAGAAAGCCACUUGGGAACUUCAGGAGCUGUUGACCAUGGUCACUGUGGGCCACUUUCAGGACCCGGCCCAGAACCCCCGUGCCAUGGAAGACGAGCUGAACCAGCUCCUCCACCGCUUCCAGGCUGUGGUGGUGCGUGUUACUGACCUCUGCCACUCCCAGCGGAUUCUGACAGGGGAAUGCAUGGAUGUUUCUUUCCUCACCGGAAAGCAGGAGGUCAUCGAGAUUCACAUUCAUGUCUGGCAGCUUUUCCGCAUAAUUUCCGAACAGAUCAAGGAAUGGAAGUGUUUGGCAUUUGUCAAGUUCAGUGCCCCUCUGGCCAUGGAGAAGACCGAGGGGUGGCAGAAGGAGGGGAUCAGCCUUCAGCAUUCCCUGCCCAGCAACCGUGUCCUACAAGCCUGCCUGCGCACCAUUGCCAACUUCCAGAAGUACCUCCCCUUGCUCUUGAAGCUUGGUAGCCAGUUCCUCAAGCUCAGCUGCUGGAAAGAGAUCUUUGCUGUGAUGGGUGUCAAGUGCCCUUUGAAUAUGCAGUUCACGCUGGGCCAGCUCCUCUCUUACCCACUCCUGGAACACAGUGAUGCCAUCUUCAGAGUCUAUGCCUGCGAGAAGAGCUGCCAUUAUGCCAGAGACACCCUCCAGCGCAUCCAGAGGGCCUGGGCGGAGAAGCAGUUCCGCCUCGUCAACUUCAUUCUCAGCGUGCCGUACCAGGAGCCACAGCCAGAGCGCUUCCGACGUCCAGCCAGCGGCCGCCAGCGUGCAACCAAACUCGAAUACAUCUCCAAGGACAGUGGCACCUACGUUCUGUCAGAUACCACAGAGCUGAAGGCAGCGGUGGAGCACAGCAUCUUGACCCUCCAGAACAUGAUCCUGUCUCCCUUCUCCUCUGACAUCCUGGAAGAGGCUAAAAGCUGGGUGUCCACUCUGCGCAUCUUUGAAUCCCUCCUUUAUGCCUGGGUUAGUUUCCAACAGAAGUGGGUUUUCUUGAACAUAGUUCUCUAUGAGAUGAAUAUCACCCUACCCAGUGCUGAACUGGAUUCCCGGUUCCAGCAAGUGGAUGCCCUCUUUCGAGAGGUUAUGCGGCUGACCUGCAAUGAUCCUCUGGUGCUCUCCAGUGUCAGAUUAGAGGCAGGCUCCAGCCGGGACAGCCGCUUUAUUGGGGGUGCCUUACAGGCGACUUUCAUCGAAGGCUCUGGAGACCUGCAGAGCCUCAUCCGGGCUCUGGACUACGUGCUGGAGGCCACACGGAUGGGCUUCCCCCGCCUGUUUUUCCUCAGCAAUGAGGAGCUAGUAGCAAUGCUCUCCACUGCCUCCGAAGCUGCCGAUGCCUCGGCUUGGUCCCAGCGCUGCUUCCCCGGGGUGCACCAGCUGGAACUGGUCCUGCCCCCGACUUCACAGAACCGUGGCACGAUCUCCACUGAGCUCCCUGCGGUGGAGGUGACUGGCCUGCUGAGCGGCCACAGUGAGAAGCUGAAACUGUGCAGCGCAGUCUCCCUCAGCCGAAAGGCCACGCAAUGGCUCUGCGUCCUGGAGCAGCGCAUGAAGGAGUCCAUCUUCAACCAGGUACAGGAGUGUGUGGCCCAGCGCCUGGCCCUAAGACCGCAGCUGGACCUGGCCUUUGAGCGGCGCCCCGGCCCUACAGAGCUGCCCCUUCACCUAGUAGCAGAGGGCUGGGCAGGGCUGGGCAACAUCUUCCUGACUCAGUGUGUGCUGCUGGCCGAGGAGGUGCUGUGGCGCGUGGCUGUGGAAGAAUCCCUCUCGAGUCUCUGGCUACAGCAGAGGUUGGAACUCAAGCUGAGCCUGAAGCUAGAGGCCGUGUCCCACUACAUCCGCAAUUACCGCAGCAUCCAUGCCUGGAACCCAGAGCAAGACCACCUGGGCAUGUUGCUGGGGGCCCUGAUCAUCAUCACCGUCCAACAGCGGGACGUUGUGUCCCAGUUGCUCAAAUGCCAGGUGACCUCUGUGCAAGCCUUUGAAUGGGCCCGGCACCUCAAGUACCACGUCAGCCUGUUGCCUGAGAAAGCCCGGGCAGCAGGGCUCCCUCCCAGCAGCUCCUGGGUGGGCAGUCCUCCCGGCUGUUGGGCUGAGGUCCUCGACAGCCGGUUCCCCUACGACUACGAGUUCCUGGGCACCAACCUGCAGCUGCUGGGUGGCCCCUUGCUGGACAGGACCUUCCUGGGCUUGCUGCUGGCCUUGGAGGAGUUCUGCUGUGGGGGCCUGCUCAGCUCCCCAGGGGUGGGCAAGUCUCACACCGUGCAGGGACUGGCACAGUUCCUGGGCCGCCACCUGGUCACCCUGCACUGCACCCUGCAGAUGUCGAUUGGCUGCCUCUCCCGGCACCUCUGCGGUGCCGUGCAUUCAGGGGCCCUGCUGCUGCUGGAGUCGGUCGAGCGGCUGGAGCCCGCAGUGCUCUCUGCCUUCAGCCAGUGCCUCGUCGACCUGCAGAGGAUGUGUCUGAAUUUGCAGGAGGGCAGAGGACCUCAAGCUGGCCAGUCCUCCACAGUUGGCCCCACUGCCAGCCCUGGUUCGGAGAGCUCGGAGAGCUCAGAGGAGGGCGAGGGGCCGCCCACCGGAGCUUUGCUAGAGCUGGGCACCGAUGAGGCCAAGCCCUAUCAGCCACGGGUCCUGGGAAACAUUCUCUUUGGGGGGAGGCUGCUGCGUGUGCGGGAGACGUAUGGCUGCAUGGUCACCCUGGAGCACCUUCCAGAGCCCCUGCGUCUGGCCCUGCGCCCCUUGGCGGUCCUGCCACCUGACCUAACAAGGCUUGCGGAAGUCACGCUGCUUGCGGCUGGCUUCCGGGAGGCUACGCACCUCGCGGAGAAACUGUGUUCCUUCCUAAAGUUGGAGAGGAUGUUAAAUCCCAGGCCCCACCUCAGCCACCCCACCCUAAUCCGGAAGGUGAUUGGGAUGGCCAUAGACAUGUUGUUUGCUCCCUCGCCAGGACAAGACCUUUUGCUUUUCAAAGCUAGGCCCUCUCCUCGGACAGCCUUCUUCUUGGGCCUUGAAGAACGGCCUGCCAUCAUGAAAGCCCUGCGCCUCUCACCCUUGCUCAGUGGCCCCGAGGGCCCGCGGCUCCACAAUGUGCGAGAACUGCUCCGUGAAGUCUUCCCUAGUGCCGUUUUGUCACAGUCUGAACAGCUGCCCCCUCGGUUGCAGAGCGCUCUGGUGGGCCAGUUGCAGGAGGAUAAGCUGCAGUCGGACCCAGAUCUGCUGCAGGUUGCUGGCCGGCUCUCCCAGGCUAUGCAGGGGGCCACCAGGAUUCUUCUCCUGGGGCCCUCAGGAAGUGGCAAGACUACAACCUGGCGAACCCUGGCGAAGGCCCAGAGUAGGCUGGCAGCCAGUGAUGCAACUCCUGGCCUGCAGAGUGCCAGUGCACGUCAGAAGGUGGCCUUCCAACCUGUGCGUACGGUCUGCUUGUGGCCCAAUGCCCUGAGUGUGUCUGAGUUUGUGGGCAGCCUAGAGGGCAGCAUAUGGCAGGAUGGGGUCUUCUCCCGGGUCCUGCAGAGGGCAGCCACCUCAGCUGCAGCUGGCAGGACAGGUGAGGGGAGCCCCCAACAUUGGCUGGUGCUGGAUGGAGCUGCUUGUGCAGAAUGGCUGGAGCCCAUCUCCUUGCUGUUCAGCUCCAGGCCUUUUCUCAGCCUGCCCAAUGGGCAGAAGCUUCAGGCCCCUGAGAACAUCCGAUUCCUCUUUGAGAUGCUGGAUGCUUCUGGAAUGCCCCCCUCUGUCUGCACGCAUUGUGCCCUGCUGCACUUUGAGGGCUCCCAGCUCUGGCAGGUGCUGCUGUCCUCCGCAUUUGCCCCCAUGUACCGUAAAUACAGCCUCUCCCAAGAGACCCUGGCCACGCUGCACAGCUUGGCCAAGGAGCUCUUCCCUGCCACAAUGGCGUUUCUGCAGCAGCACUGCUGUCCUGUCCUGCUGCCCCACUCCCACCCCUGCAACCCUGUGGCCCAGGGCAUCCAGGAGACCACUGCCUUCUCCAGGAUCUUCCACGCACUGCUUGAGCACUACUUGCGCCGCGACAAGAUCAAGCCCCCGCCUGCUGCACAGGAAGGACCCCCUGCCUUCUUCCCUCUAGAAACCAGGACCAGAAUGCUCUGCGCCUUGAAGUCCCAUAGCCAGGAUGACAUGAUCCCUGCCCAUCACCAGCUGCUUGCCCAGAGCAUCUUCGUCUUUGCUUAUAUUUGGGGCUUUGGGAGUCAUCUCCAUGCCAGGCACUGGCCUCUCUUUGACCAAUUUGUCCGCCGGGCCCUCCGCAACAGCAUCCUGUCCCUACAGCUCCCUUCUGCAGUUUCAGCUUUCGAUCUGUGUCCUCUGGCAGAGGAUGGUACCAUGAGGCCCUUUAAUGGCCAUUACCUGUCCAGUCACGUCAAGGCUAUUCCCACGACCUUCUCAGUCUUGCCGCAGUACGAGCGGGUGCUUUUCGUAUUGGACAUGUUACUGGGCACAGAACAGCCUGUUCUCCUGGUCGGGGAGCCGGGCUGUGGGAAGUCCACCUUUGCUGAGAUCCUCGUGCAGCCCAGUUACUUAUAUAAUCGGGUGUGCCUCACGCCUGCACUCAGUGCAGUUCACCUGCGCCAGCUGCUGCACAGGAAGUCUCUGAGCACCAUGCGAGAGAAGGGCCAUUUCCCCAUUGGUAAACCCACCAGGAGUACAGUGAGCAAAGGACGCUUCCUCUUCUUGGUGGACGAUUUGCACCUGGCUUUUGUGGAUCCGGUCCGAGGCACCAGCCCUGUGAUUGAAUCUCUGCGUCAGACCCUCACCCUCCAGCAGUUCUAUCACGCUGAGACCCUGGAGUUGCAGCAAUGCCCAGCUGCAGGCUUCAACUGCUUUGGUAUACUUUCUGUCCCAAUAACUGGUGCCCUGCCCCUCUGCCCUCGCUUUGGCAGGCUCUUCAGUACUGUGGUGCUUCCGGCCAUGACCAGGGAAUCUUUGCUUAGCAUGCAUACCAGCACGGUCUUAAGCUGGUUGGAGAAGUUUCCUCUGCUGAGCCGGCAUAAUGACUUGGCCUCUGCGAUUGUCAGGGCCACCCUGGACACGUACGAAGCAGUGAGAAGCAGGUUCCAGCCCUCCCCCGCCUGCUGCCUUUUCCAGUUCUCUCUACAUGACAUCGUAAAGGUGGUCAGGGGGAUGCUUCUGCUGCGGCCCCGUCCAGGGAUCCAUCUAAGCAGCCCCCUGGAAGAUCACAGUUACAAGGUGCCAUCCUCCAGGCGCACCUCUGUUCUGGGAAGGCCGGCUGUGGGGACAGGGUACACAGCGGUCCUCAGCGUCCGGUUGAUCAUUCGACUUUGGAUGCAUGAGUGUCUGCGCACGUUCUGUGACCCACUGCGAGGAAAGCAUCACCGUGAACUCUGCAAGCAGAUACUGGUGGAGAUCGCCACAGCUACGUUCUGUGCCAAGCACUGUGUCCUGCGGGUGGUACCCUGCCCCGUCAACCCUGCUUGGACACGCACCAGCAUUCAGUUUCCCAGCACAUCCAACUCCUGUGUCAACACAGCCACUAGGAGGGAGGAAGACUCCAGAGAAGAGGAUCUCCUGCUGACUAUGCAAGCUGAACCCAAGUUCCUGUGCAGAGGUGCCAUUGGCCAUCUGAACCCCUGGGAUCCUGUGGAGCAGGCCCCAGCCCUGGCGCUCAACCCCCCAGAUCCCCCUCCUUGGGACGAUGCCACCCUAGGAGAACUAGAAAACGAGACCCCUGAAACAGAGCCUGAAGAGGUGGAUGGGGGAAAGAAGCAAAGCAGCACCUCUCCAGGAAAGCCUGACCUGCUGAAAGUGCCUGAGGCUCACGCCACCCCGCAUCGGUCCAUCCUCACACGAGUCAAGCGCCGCGCCUCUACCAAGAAGGAGAGCUCCGGCCCGCUGCUGCCACCCCAUCUCCUGCUGCUGCAGGGCGAGUCCCCAGGAGACAUCGUGUUUAGCAAGGACCUGGGUCCUGAGUUCUACAGCCCCAGUGCUCACAACCCCUAUCAGGAGAAGCUCUGGAAAGUCUUAGAGAUCCAGCUGGGCUCCUCUCUACCCCAUGACUUUUUGUUGUGCUCAGAGGCACUGAAGCACGUGGUAUGCCUGGCCCGUCUCCUCUGUGGUCCAGACAGACACGGUGCCCUCAUCUCUUUUGCCCGGUGCACAGGCCGCCAGUCCCUCGUGGCCCUGGUUGCCCGAGCCACAGACUCCCUGCUCGUGAACCUGCCAGCAAAAGCUAAUGAGGCAGAGGCAUUGGCACUACUGAGGUUGGCAAGCUGGCAGGCUGGAAUUGCAGGAAGGCAAGUAAUGCUGCUGGUGCACUCCGGGGCGAGUGUGGUUGUCAUACACCAGAUCCUGGCGCUGAUGACCGAGGGCACGUGCCCUGGACUCUAUGAACCCGAUGACUCCGUGGCCAUCAUCCAGGCCCUGCUGCAGGAAAACCAGGGCAUCAAACGCACAAUGCGGGAUGACCUCAUUCUGCAGAAGUUUUUCCAGUUUGUGCGUUCCAACUUGCAUGUGCUGCUGCUCUUGGGGGGUCCUGGUUCCUUGGCACUCCCACCUCUUACAGCCACCGUGCUGGCCCAAUUGCUCUGCAGCAUAGGGAUUCAUCAGAACUGGAGCCAGGAGUCCUUGCUGCAGGUGGCUUCCAAACGCUUCAAGCACCACUUCAGGAAUCCCCUACGACUCACUCGAGAGCCGCUGUCCCUGCAUGCCCGGAAGGAUCUGCUGUGUCACCUUGCUGAGGCUGCAGCCCAGAUCCACACCUCGGCAACCCACUAUGCCACUUCCCUUGCUGCCAGCCUGCCGCUUGUCAGCCCGAAGAGUUUUCUGGAUGUUCUUGAUUCCUUUGUUCUGCUGUUGGACAGCCUGCAGGAACAGCUCAACAAAAGAACUGAUCGGAUGAAGCUGGCAUUGCAGAAGAUGGGUGAAGUGAGCAAGAAGCAGCAAGAACAUACGCGGGAUGUUCGUGUCCUGCAGCAGAAAUUAGUCAUGAUUAAAGAACAAAUGGCCCAGUGGCAGAAGGAGGUGGAAAGAGAACAAGAGGUGCUGAAGCAGCAUGAGAUGGAGUGCCGGAAGUAUGAGGCACGCAUUGAUGCUCUCACAAAGAAGAGAGAUGCUUUGGAGAAGAAGAAGGAGAUGGCCAUGAAAAAGGUGAGCAAAGACUACAAGGCUGCCCUGGCAUCGCUGCAUGUGCAGGACAUUGAGGAGCUGCGGAGCUACCGCCAACCCCCAGCUUUGGUGACCCAGGUGACUGACACCCUCUGCAUGAUGUUCCACAUGGAGCCAGGAUGGGAGAGUGCCAAGCUGCUGCUCAACAGGGAGGAGUUCUACCAGGAGCUGAUCUUCUAUCCCAAAGACAAUAUCUCUAGGGAGCUCUUCAAGGCGCUGGGCCAAAUUGUGUGCAACAAGGCCUUCUCCGUGGCUACCAUCCAGAAAGCCAGCCAAGCUGCUGCAGCUCUUUAUCAAUGGAUCUGUUCCGUCUACUGGUACCACUGGGCUCUGCGGGAGUGGCAGCCUGCCAUACUGCAGCUCCAGAGCUGCGAUGAUCAGAUCAAUGUUGAGAAGAUCAUCCUGGGGGACCGGCGCCUGCACUCGGAGUACCUGAGGGACACCACCCAGGCCCGGAUCUGGGAGCUGAAGCAGAAGCAGGAACAUCGGGAGAAGCUGCUGCAGCAGCUCACACAGUCCUUGCAGGCCAAGGAGGAAGCCACCACAGUGGAGAGCUCGGUGGCAGAGCACCUGGCCAACUGGACGGCACUUGCCAGGGAUCUGGAAUACCACCAGAGCACGGUGCAUGGGGACGCGCUUCUCUGCUCGGCUGUCAUCUCAUACCUGGGUCCCUUCUCCCCGCCUCACCGGAAAGAGCUCCUGGAGAAGUGGCAGGCCGUGUGUGAGGGUUCCCAGGUUCUCCUGAACCCCGAUGAUGUCAGUUGGCUCCUGCAGAAAGAACUGCCGUGCCCGGGCCCGGCCCCCGCCGGCGCCCCACUGCUUGCUGUACAGAAACCGCUGAGACUUGUAUCUUUGCUCAGCUCAACUCUGCAGCAGCGCCUCUGGGAUCGGAUCCACAAGCCCAAGGAUGCUGAGAGCCGACUGACCGCCAUGAUCAUGCACUCCGAGGUCCACCCUCGGGCCCACCGGUGGCCUCUUUUGGUGGACCCUGACAAGCAGGCGCAGAUCUGGUUGCUCAUGACUUCUGCCUUAGAAGAGGAGGAAUCUCAGGGCCAGGUCCUGUCUGAUCUUGACAUGGUAGAGCAAGGUGGCUGUGAGGAGAUACCUGAAGACAAGCUCGAAAUUCUGUCCCUGACCAAUCCUGACCUUGAGCAGAGUCUCAAGAAUGCGGUUAAGUUUGGCAACCCCGUGCUGCUGAUGGACUUCGAGAAGAACAUUCCCUGGUGUCCGGCCCUCCAGCAGUUGAUGGAGAAAAAGUUCUCUUGGGGAGCAGAGCGGAAAAUUCUCUUCCCUGCCUCUGAAGAAGGCGAGGAAUCGGUGUACACACUAGUGCCGCCUUCUUUUUCACUCUACCUGUGCACUGAGCUGCCCCUUAAGGCUUUGGCUGCAGAGGUCGACCAUUCGCUUCUGAAGUGGCUGAACCUCAUCGACCUCAGCCUCAGCCGGGGCGCUCUGGAGGACCUGCUGCUGAGUGAAGUGCUGCGAGUGGAGCGUCGGGAGAUCCUGAAGAACCAGCAGGCCUUGUAUCUGGGUGUCCUGCAGUUGGAAGGCAAGCUGGAGGCCACGGAGGAGGAGCUGAUGGACCUGAUUUCACAGCCACAGCGCUCGCUUUUGGAGGAGGAGAACUUCAUGCCGAUGGUGCGGCUCCUGCAGGCCCAGAUCCAAGCGUUGCACGCCACCCACAAGCAGAUGGUCUCCCAGUACGAGGACCAGGCCGCUCUCUGUGACAAGUACCGGCAGGUGGCCCGCCUUGGGGUGGGGCUGCAUGAGGCGCUCCAGCAGGUGGGCCGCCUCCACCCACUCUACCGCUUUCCCACAGAGUUCUGCAUCAGCCGGGUGCGCCAGGCCUUGAUUUCAGCCAAGCGCCAGGAGACCACCAAGCAGGAGUCCCUGGAGGCCCGCCUCUUGGAGCUCGGCAGGAUGGUCCUUUGGCACCUGCUCACCCAGGCCCUGCCCUGCCUGCGGGAGGUGGACCGCCUGCUCUACUUCUUCCUGGGAGCAGUGGCCACGCUGCGGGUGACAGGAGACAUCAGCCCCCUGGAGUGGCUGGCCUUCUACCAGGGCCUGCAGAGCCCAUCCGCCAAGGCCCUCCUCCUGCCCCUGGGGCCCAGCGUGGCGUGCCCCGGCUGGGUGAGUGUGGAGGCCUGGGAGGAAUGUGCCAUACUGGAGAACUUCCCUGGCUUCCAGGGCCUGCUGGCCUCUCUGGCCGAGAAGACCCUGCAGUGGCAGGAGUACUUCCGUUUGCGCUCCACAGUGGUUGGGCCCGCUUUGUGUCCGAGCCAUGCACACCUCAGCCCUUUCCAGCGUGCUAUUCUGUGGCGAAUUUUGUGCCCCAGGGCCAUGAGCCAGGUGGUUUCCGAUCUUACCACCUGCUUGCUGGGCUGGUCCUUCACCGAAAAAAUGGCCGCUGUCAGUCCCUACUCCUUCAGCCGCGCUAACAAGCCGGUCAUCUUCGUCACGGCCCCGGCCGGAUCACAGGGUUCCUUUCUGCAUCCUCUUCUCUGGAUCCAGCAGAUGGCUGCUCAGCGGGGACGGGUGGGAAGAGUGGUCGUCAUCUCCUUCGGUACCCCGGAUGCCUCCAGGCGUGUCCAGAGAACACUGCCGUUUUGCAUCAAGAAGGGAAAGUGGCUGGUCCUGAACAACUGCCAGCUGCUGAGCCACUGGGACCCUGAGGUCCUGCUGCAGUUGAGUUUGGUGCUGAAGACUCCAGUGGGACAGACCCAAGGGCAGGCCCUCAAGGUCCACCCCAAGUUCCGGCUCUGGCUCAUCACCACGGUCGACGCCCCUGAUUCUGUGCCAGGGCCUGUGCACCGGAAUGCCACCACCCUGUUCUGCGAGAUGCCGCUGGAGCUGAAAGGCAUCCUGGCCCACACUCACCAGUGGCUACAGGGACAGGCCCAGAACCUUGAUGCAGAGAAGCAGCUCUCCCUGCUGGUCCUGUAUGGGGUCCUGCUGUACCGACAGAACUACGCCCCGUGGACCCAGGCUGCAUCAUACCUCUGGAGUCACAGGGAGGUCUUGGCGGGUCUCAAGGCUCUUGAGAAGCUGAGUCGGCUGGCAGACAGCUCUGAGGAAGAGCAGCAGCAGCUGGCAGGAACCAUUCUCUAUGGAGGCCACGUUCUGGAUGAGGGAGAUGCACGGAUGGUGGAGAGCUUGUGCCAGCAGUGCCUGGCUUAUACUUCCUGCCAGCUACCAGGCUUCGGCCUUCAGAGCCUUCUGGCUGCAGUCAUUGGCCAUCCAGACCCAGGGCUCUCGGAAGAUGAGGCCUCAGCAGCCACCCGGGCCCGGAUCCAGCAGUUGCCGAGCCCCAUGGAGCCUGUCUGGGUAGGCCUGUGCAGUGGCCUGCAGCCCAAAAUGCUGGCCCGCCGCAGCCAAGCCUUGCUGUCAGCCCUGAAAACAUCCCAGGGCCUCUGGUCUUACCAGCCCUCCCAGGCCCCCCAGCUCCAGAAGGCGCUGGAGCAGCUUGUAAAGCAAGGGCUGCUGCUAUUGCAGGAACUGCAGGAGCAGCUGGCACAAAGAGGCUGGCAGGUGGGGGCCCGCGGACACCCUCCCCAGGGACAGGCCCGCACCAAGCCCCGCCCCCUGCAGCGCUUCCUCCUGGAAGAGGCAGGCAGCUUGCUGGCUCUGCUGAAGCAGGUGGGCCGGGACCUGGCGUGUGCCCAAGAAUGCCUGCAGGGGGUGCCGUGCUGCUCCCCUCGCUGCAUCGCCAUCCUGCAAGACUUGAAGCAGGAGCGGCUGCCCCGCCACUGGCUGCCCUAUGCACCCGCGGGCCCCGAGCCCUUGCAGGAGUGGCUCCACACGCUCCAGCGGCGUUGCGAGCUGCUGUGCUGCUAUCUCGAGUCUAUUGGGGGGCCACCGGUGGUUUGCUAUCAGUUGGCAGCCUUCCAGCAGCCACAGCGCCUCUUCCUCGCCCUGCUGCAAGAGGAGGCCCGGGCUGAGAAACAAGAGCUGGAGAGUUACCAACUUGAGCAGCAGGUGCUGCCCAGCAUGCUGCCCCCUGGCAGUGCUCCUGAGAAGGGCCUUUACCUGAGCGGCCUGGAGCUCUACCACGCCACAUGGAAUGCCCACAGCUGCCAACUCCAGGAGACCCUCUCAGCACAUCCCUGCCAGCUGCCUCCAGUUUGGGUGCAGGCCAGCCGGGAGCCCUGGAAAGCAGCCUCCACCCUCGCCAAGUAUCAAUGCCCCGUCUACCUAGGGACCCCCCAGGCGCUCCUGGACCUCUGCAGCCAAGGGGUCGUCAUGCACCUGGCUCUUCCUUCCAAGAUGUCUCCUGACCUGUGUGCCCAGCAUCGGGUUCAUGCUGUCAGCAUUCUGCGAUGAGAUGCCACCGCAAGGGGUGGAGCACGGAAAAAAGCCCAUGGCCUAUAUUCCCGAGGUCGAGCCGCAUCAACCCACCUCUCUUUGCUGGUGCAGAGACCGCAAUAAGUAGUACAGAAAUAAAGCCAU